CAGUGGCUGGUGGUGAUACAGUUCUGUGGCAGUAGUACAAAUAUCCAGCCGGUAUCGGGAGCCUUAUUUCCUCGCUCUGUGAAAUGUGAAGUUUUUAUGUUUAGUUCAAAUUAAUUUUAGAUGUUUGUGUAAGUUUACUGUGUUAUGUAAGUUUAAGAAAAAUUCCACAGCUGAUACAGCUUAUGUUUAAAUCCAUUUUAUCAAAUGUAUAAGUUUUAAUUUAGUGAAAGUGUCCAUUAUGAGUUGAUUGUUUUCUACACUGUUUCACUAUUCUUAUACUAUAUUUUUGCUCUGUAGAUUGCAGUAGUAAUAUUUGCAUUAACGUUUGAAAGAAAUCAAGAAUCUAUACUGUACUAUUAUUUACUGGGAUCUUUUGUAAGUUAUUUAGUUAUUCGUUUAAUUUAAAAUUCAACAUACAUUCUUUGCGAACAUUCCUACAUCACAGAUCAGAUUGCUAUAGUAAAAGAUAUAAUAUAUUGGAUCGCAAACACCUAAGUUUUUGAAUAGUGUAACCUGUUGAGUUUGAGUAUUGUUUAUUUCGAUUAAAAUUCAACCAACAAUAGACAAGUAGGAGAAUAAUGUUAGUUGUGGCGACAGAUAGAAAAGAAGUUAGUUUAAAGCGGUUAGGGAAGAAAGUACCAAUGUCCUAUCCGACCCUGAGGACCAAAAGUUCUCACCAGUGACGUCACUAGUACCUGGCGGAGGGGAGGGGAGGGAGGAUGCCCUGGCGCAGGCGAAGUGCUCGGGUCAACCUCAGUAGGAUGGUGAGGACGGCGCUGGAGGCGGCAUCUCGGGUGCUGAGAAGCGGUACGACGCGGCAGUAUGUGGCGGCAACUGUCGCCUCCCUCUCCGCCAUGAUGUCCGGGUCGGCGUUCAGCUGGGUCACUCAGAUCUUGGUAUCACUCACCUCCCCGGACAGUGAAGUGCCUAUGACCAAGGAGCAGAGUUCGUGGGUCGUUUCACUCAUCGAGUUGGGGAACCUGGUGACGCCUAUACCUGCCGGGCUGCUGGUGGACUCCUUGGGCCGCAAACCUUGUCUCCUAGCAACCGCACCGCUCUACAUCCUCAGUUGGCUGCUGGUCCUCACAACCAGAAGUGUCCGACUGCUGUACAUAGUUCGGUUUAUACAGGGUAUUGGAAUGGGAGUAGUGUUCGUGGUUUUACCUUCGUACCUGGGUGAGAUCGCGGAACCUAGGCACCGUGGAACCCUCAGUACCCUCUUCGAGGUCAUGUGGUACCUUGGGGUUCUACUGCAGUACUGCGUGGCUCCCCUGGUAUCUUACCAGGUCCUAGGGUUCCUGUCCCUCUCAGUCCCCAUAGCCUAUAUGGUCGGCUUCAUCCUCAUGCCGGAGACCCCGUACUUCCUGUUGCUGGUGGGCAAGGAUCAGGAGGCCCUCGACACUCUGCUUUGGCUCAGAGGAGUAGAACACCCCAACCGCCAAGUGGAAGCUGAGCUAAAAUCCAUGAAGAUCUCUGUCGAGGAAGAUUUAGCCCAGAAGACUUCGAAUUCAUGGAGUGAUCUGGUGUCCACUCCUGCCAACAGAAGAUGCCUCCUGAUCGUCCUGGCGGUCUCGCUCCUGGAGAUAGUAAGCGGAAUCCCCGCCAUCCUCUCCUAUGUGACCGAGGCACUCACGAACACUAAGGGCUCUUCCUUCCUGAAAGCCGACCAGUACACGGUGCUGAUAGGGGUGUCCAUCCUGAUCUCCACCGUGGUCUCGGCAGCCACUGUCGACCACCUGGGGCGGAGACCGAUCCUACUGACAUCCUGCCUCGGAGCGGCUAUUUGUCAGAUGAUCUCCGGAGCCUACUUCUUCAUAGACUCCCAGACCCAGAUCGACGUCUCCGGCUACAGUUGGGUGGCUUUUCUCAGCAUUUCCUGUUACGGUAUCCUCCUCUGUGGCGGGAUCGGAGCCGUGUCCACCACCAUCCAGAGCGAGUUCUUCCCCUCUCACACACGCGGCUUGGGCAACGGCGUCAACACCAUGACCAUCAAUGUCGUCUCCUUCCUCUGCCUCAAGCUAUACCAGGACGUCGAAUCCUCGGUAGGACUCUUCCUCAACUUCUGGCUCUAUGCCGUCUGUGGGUUCCUCGGAUCUGUGUUUAUAUACUUCUACAUUCCCGAAACCAAGGGGAAGACCUUUGCCGAAAUCCAUCAUGACAUGGCUAAACUAAACGCGAAACCUGAAAGUCCCGAAGAUAAGAUCGUUAAAAAGGUAUAACUUACAUCGGCUAUGUAAUAAUGACGUGAACGCGUUAGGGUUUCCAUAGAGGAUCCAAAUAAUAUCUACAGAGAAGAACUUUGAAAUGUUUUUUUUUUUUUUAGAACGAGGCCGUUUAUUUAAUUAUGGAUAACAUUCCCAAGUGAUUUUCCGUCCAUUUACGUAAGAUAUGUAAACGAAUCUGCCAAAUCAUGCAAUUAACAUACAGUAACAGUUGUAAUAAUAAAUACGAGUACAAAUAUCAUACAGAAAGCAAAUAAGGGAUCAAAAAGACUUGCUCUCAGCUGAGCUUCAAACUCUCUUCCCCUUCGUGUCAGAGUUUAUUUGCUGUAAGGUGAGUGGUGUUCAAUGAAUUAUACUUUAAGAAAGUGCAGUGAACUUGCCAAGAAAUUCCGUUAUUAUUUUUGGUUUACAGAUUAAAAACACAAGUAUAUAAUAAAAUCUACAAUUAAGUGUU